GAAUUAUUUAUUAUAGCUGCUUUGAAAAUAAAGUGAAAACUAAUAUGAGACGGAGAGAGAGAGUACUGUUCCUGCCCCUCCCAUUUCCUUUUUCUCUCUCGUCUCUUCUAUUGUCUUUGCAGAACUGAUAAAACAAAGCCUUUUUAGCUUCUUUUCUCUCACUUCCUUUUCUGUGUUUUUUGUUUUUUUAAAGGUAUCAAAAGUCAAGCAUGCAGAAAAUACAUAUAAACAGAACAGAAAAAUGCCCUCAAACUUAGGGUUUUUGCUUGCUUAAACCAUUCUUUUAAUCUUCUUAUGCUGUUAUAUUUGCAGCAAAGAUUGGUUUAAACAAAACACAAAAAAAGGUCCCCCUUUCUUUUCUUUUUUUUUUUUAAUCAAGGGAGAGAAAAGGAAUUUUAAUUUGUGCUGUUAUUUAAGGGAAGUUCGUAUAGAGAAGAGAAAGGAAAGUAGUAGUAGUAAAGAAGAGCACAAGUAAAGGUUUUUUUUUAUUGCUUUCUUUCCUUCUCUCUUUUCUCUCAGAGAGUAAAAAUUAGAGAGGAAGUUGGAGACAUUUGGAUUCGUCCUCGUGUCUCCUCUACCUCUCAUAAUUUUUUUCUCCUCUUUCUUCUCUUGAUUAUUGCUGAUUUUUAGCUCAAAAAGAUUACACUGAAUCUUUCAUCUUUCAUAUAUAUACACACAUAUAUAUAAAUAAAAGCUAAGUGUUUUUUGAGACUUUGUUGGUUUAUUUUCAUGAAUUUUGGGGGGUUUCUUGAUAAUAAUUCUGGUGGUGGAGGUGCAAGAAUUGUUGCUGAUACACCAUUCAAUAACAAUAGCAGCAGCGGCAACAAUAAAAGCAGUAACAACAACAACAACGAUAACAAUAUGCCCACUGGUGCAAUUUCUCAACCAAGACUUCUUCCUCAAUCUCUUGCCAAGACUAUGUUCAACUCCCCUGGACUUUCUCUUGCUCUUCAAACAGGGAUGGAAGGGCAAAAUGAUGUAACAAGAAUGGGUGAAGCAUAUGAGGGAAAUAACAGUGUUGGUAGAAGGAGUAGAGAAGAAGAACCAGACAGUAGAUCUGGAAGUGAUAACUUAGAAGGUGCAUCGGGUGAUGAACAAGAUGCUGCCGACAAACCACCAAGGAAGAAAAGAUACCACCGACACACUCCUCAGCAAAUCCAAGAACUUGAAUCUCUGUUUAAGGAGUGUCCUCAUCCUGAUGAGAAACAAAGGUUGGAGUUAAGCAAAAGGCUUUGCUUGGAGACUAGGCAAGUUAAGUUUUGGUUCCAAAAUCGCAGAACUCAGAUGAAGACUCAACUGGAACGCCAUGAGAAUUCGAUACUAAGGCAAGAGAACGAUAAGCUUCGUGCAGAAAACAUGUCUAUAAGAGAGGCAAUGAGAAAUCCAAUUUGUACUAAUUGUGGUGGUCCAGCAAUGAUUGGUGAAAUAUCUCUAGAGGAGCAACAUCUUAGAAUUGAAAAUGCUAGGCUGAAAGAUGAAUUGGAUCGAGUUUGUGCACUUGCUGGCAAGUUUUUGGGUCGACCCAUUUCAUCUUUGGUUACCUCUAUGCCUCCACCAAUGCCUAAUUCAAGUUUGGAACUUGGAGUUGGAAGUAAUGGAUUUGGUGGUUUGAGUAAUGUACCAACAUCACUCCCCUUAGCUCCACCUGAUUUUGGAGUUGGGAUUUCAGCUUCUAUGCCAGUGGUGCCUUCAACUAGGCAAACAAGUGGAAUUGAGAGAUCACUUGAAAGAUCUAUGUAUCUUGAACUUGCUUUGGCUGCUAUGGAUGAAUUGGUAAAAAUGGCACAAACUGAUGAGCCUCUUUGGUUCAGGAGCAUGGAAGGUGCUAGAGAAGUACUAAACCAAGAAGAGUACAUGAGAACAUUUACUCCUUGCAUUGGUAUGAGACCAAACACUUUUGUUUCUGAGGCUUCCAGGGAGACAGGCAUGGUAAUAAUCAAUAGUUUGGCUCUUGUUGAGACAUUAAUGGACUCUAAUAAAUGGGCAGAAAUGUUUCCUUGCCUAAUUGCUAGAACCUCAACAACUGAUGUAAUAUCAAGUGGUAUGGGUGGAACCAGAAAUGGUGCACUUCAGCUGAUGCAUGCUGAGCUCCAAGUACUUUCACCAUUAGUACCAAUUAGAGAGGUCAAUUUCCUGCGUUUCUGCAAGCAACAUGCUGAAGGUGUCUGGGCUGUUGUUGAUGUGUCUAUUGAUACCAUCCGUGAAACUUCUGCUGCACCGACAUUUCAAAGUUGCAGAAGGCUUCCUUCUGGCUGUGUAGUCCAAGAUAUGCCUAAUGGCUAUAGCAAAGUUACAUGGGUAGAACAUGCCGAAUAUGAUGAGGGCGCGAAUCACCAUCUUUACCGGCAGUUGAUCAGUGCUGGCAUGGGCUUUGGUGCACAAAGAUGGGUGGCCACCCUCCAACGCCAGUGUGAAUGCCUUGCAAUCCUCAUGUCAUCCACGGUGACCUCCAGGGAUUACACUGCAAUAACUCCAAGUGGAAGGAGGAGCAUGUUGAAGCUAGCACAACGCAUGACAAACAACUUUUGUGCUGGUGUUUGUGCUUCAACGGUACACAAGUGGAACAAACUUUGUGCAGGUAAUGUAGAUGAAGAUGUCCGUGUUAUGACCCGAAAGAGCGUCGAUGACCCUGGUGAGCCACCGGGCAUCGUCUUGAGCGCUGCUACUUCCGUUUGGCUGCCCGUUUCCCCACAAAGGCUCUUCGAUUUUCUCCGCGACGAACGCCUCCGCAGCGAAUGGGAUAUCUUAUCCAACGGUGGUCCUAUGCAAGAAAUGGCUCAUAUUGCCAAAGGCCAAGACCACGGCAACUGUGUCUCCCUCCUCCGUGCUAGUGCGAUGAACGCCAAUCAGAGCAGCAUGUUGAUACUUCAAGAGACAUGCAUCGACGCAGCUGGGGCGCUUGUUGUAUACGCGCCAGUUGAUAUCCCGGCAAUGCAUGUGGUGAUGAACGGUGGAGAUUCUGCUUACGUGGCUCUGCUUCCAUCGGGAUUCUCAAUUGUACCCGACGGCCCAGGAUCUCGUGGGUCAAGUACUGGUAAUUGUGGGUCCAAUGGGCCUCCUUCAUGUAAUGGGGGCCCAGAUCAAAGGAUUAGUGGGUCACUCUUGACAGUAGCCUUCCAGAUAUUGGUGAAUAGCCUACCAACAGCAAAGCUCACUGUGGAAUCAGUGGAAACAGUCAAUAAUCUUAUUUCAUGCACUGUUCAGAAGAUUAAAGGAGCCCUACAUUGUGAAAGCUAAAUUGGAAAACACUUGCCACAGGGAUGCAAUCAUAUCCUUUUUUUUUUCUUUUUUUUAAAAAAAAAUUUAUAAUAUAUAUAGUUUAACUAGUCGGGAAAAGGGGCUAUUGAGUCGCGUUGACUAGGAGGGCUAAAGUCAAGAUCUCGGGCUGAAUUGGAAGCUGAGUCAAGAACGAACCUCGUUGCUUGGUGGUAAGGGCCAGGUUGUAAAUUUGGCCCUUAACACCAAGCAAAGGGGAUGGUUCGGGUAUUGACUCAGGAACGAAUACCAUUUGGUUUCAAAAUAUGGAAAUUUCAGUUUGGGCAACACAGUGUGACAGCAAUAUGUCAAUUUCAGCAGCUAUGGUUUGUUUUGAUAACAAUUUGUAGUUGUUUGUUGGAGAGUCAUAAUGGCUCUUUUGUUUAAUUUAGUAUGGUGGGGGACUAAUCAACUCUUGUACGUUAUCUUUAUUGUGACUUCUUUAUCUUUGACCCUCUUUCUCAUGUUUAA